UUUUUCUUGCUAAAACAGGUACAACAAAAGACAGCAAAGUAGAAAAAUAUGCAACCACAGUCUCGAAGGGGGAUCGUUACGAUAGGCGUGCUCGAGCCACUUUUGUUGGCGGUAUCUAGUUGCUAGGAUAUUUAAAGGUGUAGCUGCAUAAAUACAAUCUGAGAACAAGUGUCUGAAAAAAAUAAGAAUUAUAUAGCAUUUUUUUUAACUCGGAAGGCCCUCUUCCCUCAUGACAGCUAUUAUCAAAGGGCUAAACUGAAACCAUUCGACUGGAAAGCUGCAACUCCGGUACCCAAGUCUUUUAAGGAAAUGGAAGAUACAAAGAGUACAUUAAAGAAGGUUUAUGCACUCUCUGAAGAUGACAACACCAAAAAUGCAAUGCUGAUGUCCCGGUUAGAUGAACAGUCUCAGUUAAUCUGCAUCUUGAAACAAAGAGCAGAUGACGUACUGGUACGAUGUCAGGCUUUGGAAAAAAUGAACACUGAACUUGAGAGUCUUAUUGAUGAUGUCAAAACACAGUUGAAACACGAAAAAAAGAAAUGUGCUCAGCUGGAAGAUCGCUUCAAUGAUCUGGCUGCUAACCAUCAAGAGAUGAUCAAGUUCAAAGAUGAAUAUAAAUUUGAGAAUGCAAAACUUAGGGAACACAAUGAACAGCUUAGAAAUGAGAAUAAAGGCCUCUUUUGCAAAGCACUUCAGGAGAAGGAAGAAAAGAUAGCUCAGCUAUCAGAUGAACUGAAACAACUUUCGAAAAAAUAUAACUUACUUGUACAUGAAUAUGAAAAAGCAUUGAAGACAUUUGAAGAGAAUGAAAAGAAAUUGUUAGAAUGCCAUGGAAAUGAAGAAAAUAUUCUAAAAGGGAAAAUAGAGUUGUUGAAAAAGAAGUUAAGAGAUGCUGAAGAAAGAUAUUCUGAGACAAAUGUGAAGUUAAAAGAAGUUAAAGAAAAGCAAGAGUCUGAUGGUGUCAAACUGGAACUCAAGCUGCAAAAACUUUGCAAAGAGAAAGACGAACUCUUGGAACUUUGCAUGGAAAGAGGGAAAAUUAUUCAGGAAAAGCAAACUGAUAUCCUGGUACUUGAGGAAAAAUGUAAAAUGGCAGAAACUGCAAAAAGAAAGGCAGAAGAAAGGUUUGAGCAAGAAGCUUGUGCUGUGAAUACAAAUCUGAAAGUUAAAGAGCUCCAGCGGCAACUUGUGGACUCUGAACAAGAUUACAUUAACUUGAAAAAGGAGUUUGAAGCUUACAAGACACACAGCAUGGAUUUGUUGACAAAAGAGAAGGAGUUAAAUGCCAAAUUGCGUCAUCUUAUUAGAUGACUCUUUGUGAAGCUGAACUUUCUUGAUUUUGUAAACAGUGCGUGUCAUAUUAACAUUAUGUACUACUGCUUAUACAUUAUUGCUGUGAAAUAAUGUCCUCAUGAUUCCAAUAAAUGUAAAGUUAGUGAUGAACUGUCAUUCUGCUACUUUCUGUUUAGGAACACUAUGCCAUUUAAAAAAUGAUUGUGUCAGACCUUUUUUCACAUCUGUGUUAUAACUGUAGAUGUAGACAAAGCAUUCUUAUUCAUUUUAAUGGAUAUAUUGUUCACUAAAGGUACCAUAUGGUGGCCUGUUGUGGUAAAGGCUUCAUGAAUUGCCUUGUAGCUGUGCUAAGCACUGUCAGGGUUUAACUAUGACAUAUUUAGUUAUUUUUUCAUUCAUUUAGUAAUUGAGAUUAUAGACACUUUUGAGCUAUACGUUGAGUCAAAAGCAUCAGCUUGUAAUAACAUGCACUGAAAUGUGACGGUCCAAAUUAGGGAAAAAUAAGUGUCAUCUAUGUUCUUGCAGAAACUUGCACCACGUGACAUACUUCUUAAAAAUGUACACUUGUCAAGUAUGUAUUUACAGUACCAGUGUACACACUCUGGAUUGCUUGUGUUUCUGCGUCUCAUGUAUUAACUGGUUGUUACUAUAUAAGACAUUUACAGGACCUAUCUUAGUGAUGUGAUUGUGGGUAAGAAGUCAUUAGUGAGAAUGUUUUGGAAGUGUAAAUAAGUGGGUUGGUUGGGGGUUUGUGUGUUUUUCUGAGCGAGAUUGAAUAUGUGUGCGUGUGUUUAGUAAGUGAUUGAAGGACUGCCGUGGGGUCAGUGUUUGAAUGCUCAUGGCUUAUGCAUGUCCUGGUAGCGGUUUGUCCUGUAGGACUGAUAAACAUAAAUGAGUGAGUAAAUUAAUGAAAGGCUGGUGUGGGAUAGAUCACUUGUGGUACUUGUGAUCUAGAACAUGCAAUGUGGGUCAUUGUGCUUGAUUGGUUGAGUGCAUUAGGUGAUUGCAAGUAUGGGUUGUGGGUUACAGUUGUGAGUAUUGUGAACCAGUGUGUGUUUAUCUGCAUUUGCAUGUGUGCAUGUUGUCCAAGAUGGGUGACUGUGUGACUCUGUGUCCUGAACAACACAUACCCCAAAGUAAGUGUGAUGUCAGAGCUGGUUACAUAAUGUUUGGGGUUGCAGGGGUAGCUAUGAGGUGGAGAGCUUACCUCUGUAUUAGAAAUGGGUUUGCCUUGUUUUGUUUCUUUGAGGUGAGUGCUGACUGCUAUGUGGUUUAACUGUGUGUGUGUAUUUGUAAUGUGUGUGGUAUCAGUGAAUAUGCAUUUGUGAAAAGAGAGAAUUUAAAACGAACAAACAUUAAACAAAGGUCACAACAAACCAGUCAUGAUUCAGACUCCCCAUACUGACUGCAGUGACAAUGAUUGUGCUAUACUGAUUAUGUUUUCUUUUGAUAAGCAAAUCAUUGGUGUGUGCCAUUGAGAUUUUAUGAUCUCAGGAUUUUUGUGUUCAACUUGUUGUGCUUUAACAUUUUCAUAGUAAACUUUAAUAAAACAGCUAAUAAAUCUGGGGUCGCAUUU